AUGGCCAUCGAUGUGGAACCACGCAAGGUUGUGGCGACCGAAAUUGACCAUGUGUCCUCCAAAGAUUUCGUUGAAACCAACCCAGCUGGGGCUCAGCUUGCCGCCGUCACUGAGGCGGACAAAUCUUCGAUGAUGUCCAAGGGCAUGAGGAAGCUCUGGGCUGUUUGUUUCGUCAGCUAUUUCAUCUCUACCAUGAAUGGUUUCGACGGUUCUCUAAUGGGAUCUGUCAACGCAAUGGAAGAAUAUCAAAAGACCUUCGGCUUGGAUGGCGCUGGUGCCAGUACUGGCGUCAUCUUCAUCAUCUACAGCCUUGGCUCGGUGGCUGCGUUUCCCUUUUGCGGUAUGAUAGCGGAUGGCUUAGGUCGUCGCAAAUGCAUUGCCAUCGGUUGUUUCAUUGUGCUUGUCGGAACUGCUAUCCAAGCCCCAUCCAACACCAGAUCCCAGUUCAUGGGCGGUCGCUUCGUUCUCGGGUUUGGAGCCGCCAUCGCUCAAGCUGCCGGGCCAGUCUACAUCGUCGAACUAGCCCAUCCUGCUUUCCGUGGGGUUCAGGCUGGAAUUUACAACACGUUCUGGUGGCUCGGGAAUAUUCUCGCAGCAUGGACGACUUACGGAUGUAACAAGAACAUUCAAAGCAGUUGGGCGUGGCGCAUCCCGACUACGGCUCAGGCCUUUCUCCCUGGGAUUGUUCUCCUCAUCAUCAUGUUCCUCCCUGAAUCUCCACGGUGGCUGAUCGCACAUGAUCGGCAUGAGGAGGCCAUCGAUAUUUUUGCCAAGUAUCAUGCGGAUGGUGACAGGGAAGCUCCAAUCGUGACUCUUCAAGUCGGCGAGAUUGUUGAACAACUACAGUUGCACGACCAGCAGCAUCGAUGGUGGGAUUUCCGGGAGCUCUUCAGCAGUCGGGCGACUUGUUACCGAUCCAUGAUGGUCAUCUGCAUGGCCUUCUUUGGGCAGUGGUCUGGAAACACAAUUGUUUCGUAUUUUCUGCCAGCAAUGAUCGAGAAUGGGGGCAUUACCAACACUUCGACGCAGCUGCUCAUUACUGCUAUCAACCCAAUCUUCUCUAUGAUAGCAGCUGUGGUGGGAGCAUCAUUAUUGGACAAACUCGGCCGCCGGGUCAUGCUCCUCGGCGGGCUAACGGGUGCUCUUGGGUGCUACAUCGCAGUAACAGCAUUCACUGCCAGAUCAGUCGACAACCCUAACCUGGUCUACGGGUUGAUUGUCUUCAUUUACCUCUUUGGUAUUUUCUUUGCAGGUGGUUGGACGCCUCUGCAAGUUUUAUACCCCGUCGAAUGCUUAGAAAACCAUACUCGUGCCAGAGGUGCGGGAAUGAAGUUCCUCUUCCUCAACAUUGCCUCCAUGACCAACACAUAUGGAAUUUCUGUGGGGAUCAAGAAGAUUGGAUGGAAGUUGUAUUUGGUUUUCGUUGGAUGGCUUUGUGUCGAAAUCGCAGUGGUCUAUUUCUUAUUUGUUGAGACGGCUGGGAAAACGCUGGAAGAGUUGUCGGACAUCUUCGAGGCGAAAAACCCGGUCAAGAAGAGCCUCGAAAAAGUCAAGUUUCAAAUUAGCACCAACAGUAAAGCGUUGAGCUCGGAGCAUGACGGAACAGUGUAA